AUCCCAAAGCGCAAAAAAGAAGCCCGCACCUCUGUGCCACGGUGCCACCAAAUCGACCCCCCUCCCUUCUCAAGCGCCGGUAUACUUCGCCACGCCCCCAAUCUCCAUUCACCAGAAACCCUAGCCGCCCCACUCCACCGUCGCUCCGCCGUCCUCCUCGACCUUCUAGGGCAACGGCGAAAGCUAUAAUCUGCGCGGAGCGGCGGUGAUGGCGUCCUCGGCUAAGGUCACCAUCACCCUCGGGCGCAGCGGUCAGGUCGUCAAAAGGAAAGCUAUUGCUGAUAUUGGUAAUGAUGAUGAAGUGCCAGUAUCAGGUAGAAAGAGGCCUGUGAGAGAGCGAUUGGGAAAUAAUGUGGUUGAUUCUGAUUCGUUUGGUGGGCAGCCGAGAAGCAAAAGACGGCAAACAGAAAGCAAUAGCUCACAGCUUGGAGAUGAUAGUUUGGUUGAAGUUCGCCAGAUUGGCAGGGAUGAUUUAAGGCUGAAGCUAAUGAAGAAAGGCUUGUCAAAGAAGAGCAAUGGUGACACAGAACAGAAUGGAGUGGAUCUCCGUGAAAAGCUUUCCCGGAAUUCAAAGAAUCUACUGAGAUAUGAAGCAAGAGGACGUGAUCAAGAAUCAAGGCCUAGUUAUGCCGUGAGAGAUGUCCUAGAAUCAAGAUCUAGGUAUGGUUUGAGGGAGAGAGUUCCAGAGUCAAGAGCAUCUACUCUUGGAAGUGAAAUGACUUCUGCAAGAAGUGCAGAUGAUCUGUUCAAGAUGGACUCUUCUGGGAAACCUUAUCCGUCAUGGAAUGCUGAUUGGGGCAGGUCCCCAGACAAGCUCCCAAGCUUUCGAAGAGACGUGUCCCCCCCAAUAAGUGUUCGAAGAGACAUGUCUCCCCCAAGAAGUGUUCGAAGAGACAUGUCUCCCCCAAGAAGUGUUCGAAGAGGCAUGUCUCCCCCAAGAAGUGUUCGAAGAGGCAUGUCUCCCCCAAGAAGUGUUCGAAGAGGCAUGUCUCCCCCAGGAACUUACAGUCAGAUAAGGUCCAUUCCACCCCUGAGAUCUGUCGGUACCACAAGAUCUUCAAGUCAUAUCUCAAGAGAAUCUCCUGACACAUUAAGAACCCAUCAGCAUUAUGAAGGCAAAUCUACCAUUUCAAAUGAUACACUACAACCAGCUAAUGGAAUCACUCCAUCUGGCCCACGUCUUCCUACAGCCCCUGUGAUGACAGAAGUACCACUCACAGUUACUGGAUUACUGAAUUCACUGGGACUUGAGAAGUAUGUUGUCCUAUUUCAGGCCGAGGAGGUGGACAUGGCAGCUCUGAGUCAGAUGAAAGAUAGUGACCUCAAGGAUAUGGGAGUACCAAUGGGCCCUAGGAAGAAGAUUCUCCUUGCGGCGGCACCAUAUGCAAAACAACGGCAAAGGUGAGCACCGUGCUCUGGGACCUGGAACAUUUUGGAACUGCAAUUUAUUGGUGUGAGCAAACUCCAUUUCGGAUCUUGUAUAUCCUCACUGGUAGUCUGUCUUAGUUAACCUUCUUUUUCGCUGAUAGAUUAAGAUCGACAUGUAUAUCUAUCAGCUGAUGCUCCCAACUCUACCAUUCACGAUCUGCUGCCCUGCUGUAAUUGUUAAGAGUAGCAGGCUUUGAAACAGGUGGAUGCACAUGGUUUAGAACCAUUAUCAUUCUGGAUAUUUGUCUUUUGGGAACAUAUGACUAUAUGGGUGACGACUAAUCCAAUCCAAUCCAUGUAUGAAUGAGGAAGCAUAUUUUUUGGUUCUACCAA